AUGAGAAUGAACCAGGGAGUCGUGGCGAUCUUUGAGCCUGGUCCUCCUCAACUUCACAAUGCCAAGGACGAAGAAGGAUCGUCAAUUCCGUCUUGUUUGAUGGGGAAAAAGCACGCCGAGCACGUCCUCUCCAUCUCUCCAUCUCUUCCUCGCAGGCAGUCGCAGGCAGUCGCAGAGACAAACAAGCGGUCUGACGGCAAGACGUCUGCGCUGUCCAAAAGGCUGGGCGUUACAUCACGACGUUCGGAUCAGCCUGCCAACCCGGCAAAGAGCUGCCGCAGCACCAAGAAGCACGAAUCAAGCCGAAUCAAGCCAAAUAAACUCGAGGUCCCCCUGUCCGCCACGCCUGCCAAGACCCGUAGCACCGCCAUUGUCGUCACUGGGUGCUCUUCCCACCCCCAAGAUUGCGUCGAUCUUGGCCAUUCUCCACAUAACAACCCAUUCCCCACCUUUGUCCCUCCACCUUGGCUUUGCCCCCUUCAGCUGUCGCCCGCUAUGUUCGGGUACCCGUAUCGUCUGAAUUUAUGGGUUCCCUCUGCUGGCGCCCAAGCGGGGAUUCUGUGGAUUCUUCCUCUCCUGCUCCUCCGUAAAAUGCCUUCCACGACACCGAGACUCAACACAACGCCCAACUACGAAUCAUUACCUCUCCGUAUCUCUUCUCAGGGCCGACUUCGGUACGUGCCGACACCAAGAGCGACGGCGCUUCUCAGUGAACAACCGGCUUUUUCUUCCUGGCUUCUUCCCCAUAAGACCGCCGCCACGCGUCCACGCGCCGUGGCAGGUUCAUGUCUCCGACUCCCCGUUGCCUGUUCGCGCCAUACCUACCUUGUACAGUCGUUCCCGCAAUUUGAGAACCCUCCGAGUUCCGUCCAGAUUCCAGCAUCGUGGAGCCCCCCUCCGUCUUCUUCCCCCAACGAGGAAGAAACAUGAGUCGCGAUGCUAUCGCUCCAAGGCGGGGAAGGGGACGUCGAGCUGUAAUUACCAAAGCUAAUAAUUACUCUUCAUUACUCUUCCCGACAUUCUGUACGUUAGUUACUCCACCUCACCUGAGCUAUCGUAGGC